CGCAAGCAACGAUCGAAACGCAGUAGUGUAAGCGUGGCAGUCGGUGGUGGAGGUUAGGUGUGCUGAGUGACGUUUGGCUGGGCCCAAACUUAAUAGUGCUGUUCUUAGUAUAUCUUUCUGUUUUGUGGAGUGGCUUUCUUACGAAGAUGUCAGCAACACGGACAAUUGUUAUACCGUCAUUGUCAAAUUGUAUCGGCAAACUGCCUUCGGUAGUUGCGCCGAGAAACGUUAUAUGUACAAAACCAGAAGAUGCGAUGCUUUUCACAAAUUCUUCUCCAUUGACGUGCAUUAGCACACUUGAAAAAAUUCCACGCAUUCCAACUACCAACAUAAAUGUGGAAGAGAAGAGACAGCCUAGCAGAAAACGAAGACUGGACCACUUAACGCUAGAAGAAAAACUUCAGCGGAAGAAACUGAAAAACAGAGUUGCUGCGCAGACGUCGAGAGACAGAAAAAAGGCUAAAAUGGACGAACUGGAAACAAUAGUGAAAGAACUAAGAGAAAAGACAAACCAGUUGUCAGCACAGUGUGAGAGGUUACUAAGAGAGAAUCAGCGGUUAUCUGAGCAGAAUGAAGAACUGCGUAGACAACAGUGUGGUUGCCAGGCGCUCGGAGUCAGCUGCAGACCUGCAGUUGCUGGACCUGCAGUGUCCACCUCCCCUCUGCCGCAGGGGCAGAGUCUGCAGCUGGCUCAGGGCCUGGGACACCUGAUGACGACGCUUUUCCUGCUCUUCUCGCUGAUAUCUCAGAUGACUACCUUACCCAGCUGGAAGAGUUGGCAAACAGUUUGUUGGGAGAAGGAGAUAGUACAGUGGAUGGAGAGAAGAAAGAUGUCUGCAAGGCAAGGGAAUCGGGGAAAGACAGUUGUGCUGCUGAAGUGGUGGGGCAGACACCAAAAGACAUGGAAACCACUGGAAGAUUACUAAGUAAUCCUAUCCAGUCAUCAGAAACACACAGUCAGUCACACAAAGAACCAUCCCUUGAAUUUGUGAAGAGUGAAGAAGUUGUCAGUGUACCAGAAACAGUGUAUGGCACUUACGAUGAAUCGACUCAGACUGUAACCA